AUGUCCAGAAAUAGCGAUGGCGCCACCACAACCACCAUCUCUUUGCUCCAAGACACGGAGGCAGCAGAGAAGAACAGCUGCGGAGAUAGGCCGAAAGAGCCAUGGAAAGGCGAACUUGUGAAGAGCAUAGUGUACUCCGGACUCGAUGCUAUCGUCACUUCGUUUUCUCUCAUUUCUUCCAUCUCCGCCGGCCGUUUAUCUUCCGUUGAUGUGUUGGUUUUGGGGUUUGCUAACUUGGUGGCCGAUGGGAUAUCAAUGGGGAUGGGAGACUAUGUUUCGAGUAACACAGAGCAUGACGUGGCGGCGAAGGAGAAACUCGUGACGGAAUGGGACGUCACUAACCGUCGCCGCCUUCAAGAACAAUCGUUACUUGAUCGGUAUCGAGCUCUAGGGAUGAACCAUGAAGAUGCAGCAAUGGUAAUUAACACAUUUUACUGUAAAAAUGAGUCAACCGCAUCAUCGUUUACAAUUACUUACAAGUUACAGCUUACAACCACCAUUUUCGCCCAGGUUGUGGAAAUCUUUGCAAAGUAUAGCGACAUAAUGGUGGAGGAAAAGAUGGUCCAGAACGGAAUAUUAUCACCGGAGGAAGGGGAGAAGCCAUGGAAGACAGGCUUAGUAACUUUCGGAGCUUUUCUAUUGUUUGGUAGUGCUCCGAUCAUUGCAUUCAUCGUUCUCAUCCCAUUUACCCAAAACGACACCCUCAAGUUCAUCGGUGCAUGUGUUCUCUCCGCCCUUGCACUCGCGGCUCUCGGAAUCGCGAAGGCGAAGAUCGCCGGUCAGAAUUACGCGUUGUCGGUGGUGGGAACCCUUUUCAAUGGUGCAAUUGCUGGUUUUGCGGCUUAUGUAAUUGGGUGGGGACUAAGGAAUGUGGCUGGAUUAGAAGAAGAAUAG